UAUUGCUUGAAUUCCAGAAGUCCUUGUCUUUUCGCGUGCAUACAUUUUCUUUUUCGGUCGAGUGUGUCGGCAUGGCUCAAGGGGGACCCAGCUCGAGUGGCAGCACGAACAAUGGGUGGGCUGAUGUCUCGAGUGGUUCCGUAAACAUGCCAGGGCUCGUUGUUAGCAAUGCGGAAAAGAUGGAAACUCUUCAAGGAAAACAUGCAGCAUCGAAAGAUGCAGAUCGUAAGGACACCACUGAUCAUGAUGGUGAAGAUGCGCUGGAUCCGGAGGCAAUUUACGGCCAAGUCUUCACUGAUUUCCUUCAGUCCUUGGAAGAAUUCACCCCGACUAUUCCAGAUGCUGUCACAAGUCAUUAUAUGUCGACGGCUGGCUUUCAGGUCGAUGACCCACGAUUACUCCGCCUGAUCAGCUUGUCAAGUCAGAAAUUCAUCGCAGAUGUUACGAAUGAUGCAAUGCAGCACUGCAAGCUUCGGACUGCACAACAGCUGAAGAAUCAAAAGCAAACAAAGGAUCGUAGAUUUCAACUAACGCUUGAGGAUCUUCUACCUACACUGAAAGAGCGUGGCAUCAAUGUAAAGAAGCCACAUUACUUUAUUUAAAUCAAUUUUAUUUCUUGAUGUUGAACCUUUGCCGUCGAUGCUCUUGACAACAAAACUUGAUUCAUUUGAACCAAUCCGGAAUUAAACUUAGUUGAUUUUGCUUCCAUUUAAUUUUUUUUAUAAAUGAUGGAACACAAAUUGAAGUAAAGCAGUUUAUCACU